AUGGCGGCAAUCCGGCCUCCCUUCACACGUGAGACGGCACAGGAGAAGGUCAAGUUCGCGCAAAACAUGUGGAACACACGCAACCCGGAGCAGGUGUCCAAAGGGUACACUGCCGACUGUGUGUGGCGCAACCGCGACGCCUUCUUCCGCGGCACGAACAAGAUCAUCGAAUUCUUGACCGAGAAGUGGGCAAAGGAAAAGAACUACCGCCUGCGCAAGGAGCUGUUCGCCUUCACCGACAACAAGAUUGCCGUGCAGUUCUGGUACGAAUACCAGGAUAGCCACGACGGCAUGAAGUGGAAGAGAUGCUAUGGGUUGGAGGAUUGGACAUUUGACUAUGAAACCGGCAAGAUGAAAAAGAGGCAGAUGAGUGCCAACGACAUCGUGCUAGGAAGGAACGGAGACGGCGUGGCAGUGCCGGAGAGCGGUAUUGAGGGUCGCUGGUAUCUCGAUGGUGUGGAUGUCGACGAUCCAUCCGUCACGGAGAAGCUUACCGAUGCGCAUUUCUGA